AUGGAUGAGUCCAUCACGAUUUCAUCAUCCUCUGAAAUUUCAUCUUCAUCUACCACUCCAUUGGCCAAUUCCACUUCCCCAAUUCGGGAAUCUUUAAUGGAGAUUGCUUCAUCAUCCACAGCAUUCACAACCACUACGACGACGGCAACGGCAACAACCACACCUCCAAAAGCAAAAUUAUCUUUUGAGUUGUGUGCUGGUUUAUUGGAUAAACAUGGCAAGUCGCCACUCGAAACAAUGCAAGCUGAAAUUUUGGAAGAAUGUGGAUAUUAUGUGCCACUCCGAAUGAUUGAACCCAUAACAAGUUAUUAUUCGGGAGCAGCAAAAAGUUAUUCCAUUCAACAUUUGUAUUAUGUCGAAAUGAGACAAGUAAUGCAUGAAAAUAGUAAUGAAUUAUUACCAUUCGAUCCAGUGAAUGGGAAUGCUGUGAAAAAAGUCUCCAAUGGAGGUGGUCUCGAGGAGGAAGGAGAGAUGAUCGAGGUUGUGGAAUUACCUCUUUCUAAGGCCAAAGAAUUUAUGAGAGACGAGAGUGUUGUGAGAUCGCCGAGUUUACUGCAUGCGUUGUGUUGGUGGUUUUUAGAGAAAGCCACACCUGAACAACUGGAAAAGUAUUAUCGUUGCUGUUGA